AUGAAGCUCCGUCGCAAGAAAAAUGUCAAGAAGGGUAUCCAGUUCUGUCUGAUGGUCUGUGGUGCCAGCGGAACCGGACGUACCACCUUCGUCAACACUCUUUGUGGAAAGAAGGUCCUAGAGGGCAAGGACUCCGACGACCCUGCCAACGCUCACAUUGAGGAGGGUGUCCGCAUCAAGCCCGUUACAGUUGAGCUCGAAUUGGACGACGAAGGCACUCGCAUCUCUCUCACCAUCGUUGAUACCCCCGGGUUCGGAGACCAGAUUGACAACGAAGCAAGGCACAUUGUCGGAUACCUUGAGCGCCAAUACGAUGACAUCCUUGCGGAGGAAUCACGAAUCAAGCGUAACCCCCGCUUCAGGGACAACCGUGUUCACGUGCUCCUGUACUUCAUCACACCGACCGGCCAUGGACUGCGUGAGCUGGACAUUGAAUUGAUGAAGCGCCUUUCUCCCCGUGUCAACGUUAUUCCCGUCAUCGGCAAGGCCGACUCCCUCACCCCCGCCGAAUUGGCCGAAUCCAAGAAGCUGAUCAUGGAGGAUAUUGAGCACUACCGCAUUCCGGUUUACAACUUCCCUUACGAUAUCGAGGAGGACGAUGAGGAUACCGUUGAGGAGAAUGCUGAGCUGCGUGGUCUGAUGCCAUUUGCCAUUGUUGGCUCCGAAGACUUCGUCGAGAUCGACGGCAAGAAAGUACGAGCCCGGCAAUAUCCUUGGGGUGUCGUGGAUGUCGAAAACCCCCGUCACUCGGAUUUCUUGGCUAUCCGCAGCGCUCUUCUCCACAGCCAUCUGGCAGAUCUCAAGGAGAUUACCCACGAUUUCCUUUACGAAAACUACCGUACCGAGAAGCUCAGCAAGAGCGUCGACGGUGCUACUCCUACACAAGACUCCUCGAUGAACCCAGAAGACCUAGCAUCUCAGUCCGUUAGACUGAAGGAGGAGCAGCUUCGCCGCGAGGAAGAGAAACUCCGCGAGAUCGAGCUGAAGGUGCAGCGCGAGAUCGCUGAGAAACGCCAGGAACUGCUGGCUCGUGAGAGUCAGCUGAGGGAGAUCGAGGCUCGCAUGGCGCGUGAGGCUAGCCAAAGCCAGGUUGAUAGCACCAACGGCGAUGCUUGA